AUGUCGUGGCGUAUCGCUCGGAUUGCCUCCGGCCUUGGCUCCACUCUCGCGGCCCGCACCCGUGCUUCCGCGGCAUGCACUUGUCGCAACCUCCCUUCUCGACAGCCGAUCUUCACGCCCCAUGUGCACGGAGUAGUUCUCGGGUCUAUUCGAAGCUACGCCAAAGGAAAAUCCAAGAAGGCGAUAUCCAAAGUGUCCGAACGCGCAGAGGAUGUGACAUCAUCAGACGCGGACACCAAGAGAGGCAAAGGGAAAGCCAAGUUCGUACAGGCGCAGGAGUUAACGAAUGAAGAGAGCCUGGGUGUGUACGACCUCAAAACGCUGGAGGCGAGCAUGGACGAGGCAGUAGACAAGCUCAGGGUUUCGCUCAAAGCGGUUGUUGGUCGGGUGGGACGAGUCUCACCAGGUGCGACACAUCGCCGCAUUGGUUAUGAUGACGUCCAAAGUCAAUGCUGAUAUGCUUCACGUAUCCACAUUUAAUCCGCCCAACGGUAUGAGUAGAACUACUCAAGGAUAUCAAAGUCGAAGAAUCGGGCAAGCGAAGACCGUUGGCUGAAUUUGGGACCGUGUCAGUGAAGGGCGGUCGCGACUUGGUGGUACAUCUGUUCGACGAGACAGUCAGUGACGCCAUCUCCUCUGAAUUUUGCUCAUCAAGUAUGGGAUGACCGGAUUUCUGAUGUAAAUCCUUACACAGUUCAUGAAAGCAGUUUCUGCAGCACUGUAUGCUUCGCCGCUUUCCCUCACUCCGCAAAGUCACUCGGCGUCAUCCUUGCUGGUGCCGAUACCUGCGCCUACCUGGGAGAAGCGAGAGGCAAUGACUCGGCAGGCGUCUGAUGCCUGCGAGGCUGCCCGUGUAGUUGUUCGGAACUCGCGGGCUAGAGGGCAGAAGGAGAUCAAACAAGACCUGUCGACGUCCGUAGUUAGCAAGGAAGAGGCCCGGUCUGACGGCAAAAAUGUAGGCACUCCGUCCACCAUGCGAUGAGGUCACGAGUCCAAGCGAAUGGAUAACCUUCAAUCUGACCUCGAAUACCCUUUGUCUUCGCUGGAAUAGCUCGACGUUGCAACCAAGAAGAGGACCGAUGAGAUAGACGGCAUCUUUGCCGAGGCCAAAAAAGUGUGAGUUUCAGGUGCUGGAACUCCGGACAGACAGCAUGGGUGCUCAUUGGCAAAAUCGAACGCACAGUCUCAUGGACGAAUGA